AUCAUAUGGCAACUUACAUAGCACAUCAUCAUCAUCUCAGUUCUUUCUUACCAUCAUUCGCCACUUCAUAGAGUUGGAGAUAUCGCGGGAUUUUCCAUACACGCAAAGAUGGUCCAAAGGAACACGGUCGCUAUCCCGCGCAAUAGGACCAAAUCAGCACACCCCAGCUCAUCCUCAACGGACGAAGCCCGGUGGCAGCUUGUACUCGCACACACCCCGACCUCUGAAUUCCUGUACGGUGUUCUCUCGACAGGCAUAUUCUGCCGAACGAGCUGUCCAUCGCGCCGGCCACGUCGUGCGAAUGUGCGCUUCUUCGACUCUGCGCCUAGCGCAGUAGCCGCUGGGUUUCGGGCUUGUCGGCGCUGUCUACCGGAGUCCACAGAUUCUAGCCACGCAUCUCCACGCGCUUCUGCAGAGAAACAAAUCAAGAUUGCAUGCGAAUAUAUACGUCAGCGAAAGGGAGAGGCCCAGUUAUUAGAUGUCGCAGCGCAUGUAGGCUUGUCGCCCCGAUAUUUUCAUGGCAUGUUCAAGCAAAUACUGGGAACGACGCCUGGUGCAUACGCGGCGGCGAUCAGGCGAGAGAGCUCGACUCCCGCUACUUCAGUCCGAGAUCCUACACCUCACGUCGCCGAUCUUAGUCACGCGACGGAUAUCGUACACCUCGAUUCCAUCGGCGACGGAGAUUUCAACAUGUCUUUUCUGGAUUCUGAUCAAAUUACUGAUGACUGGCUAUCAGAGUGCUUGGCAGACUCUAUGUAUACUGAUCAGGGCUCAUAUUCUGAGUGGCUUAAUGACAACAACUUGGAACUCUCGACGUUCUUAGAAAUGGACAAUGGGACUCUUGGACAGCUUAUAGAUACCCACGCCUCGGACUGCGUCGAUCCUUCACUGCUCGACUUAUGAAGCAGACCGAUUUUCCAACAAGAACUAAGCAUCAGCGCCUGGAAUUGAUUUUGUUUCCAAUACAAUGAUCUACGACCAGUGCCAAAAAUCUCACGGCAACUUGAUUACCUUUCUGCAGCUAGACUAGGCCCAUGCCUAAGGUAAAUUGAUAUUCAUAAACUCCCGGUUGUACCAGUAUGGUUCAUGCUAUCAAGGACUGAUGGCCUCAUUUUCGACAUGUUCAAGCUCACCUGUCCUG